AUCCCUUGUGUUUAUUACAUAGAUUUGAGGGGAAUUAUCUACUGUGACGUUUAAGUACUGUACUUUUAUGCUAACGGUCAAAAUACUUUUGUUGAAAUUCUUGGGAAAUUUCACACGUCGCGGAAUCACGUCCUUAUCGUCGCCGAGUGACGUUCUUCCUUGAAAAUAAUUGUAUAUACUAAAAUAUGUGAUGUUAUUUGGACUUACUUAGAACAGACACUGAUUGGGGAAAAAAAACUUGUCCUGCGUGUUUAUUAUUAAAAAAAAAAAAAAAAAAAAAGUGGCACGCCGCACUCCCGCCACCGCCGUCGCGGUUCCCCGGCUUCAAAGCACCUCCCCGUCGGUGACGUCACUCUCCCCUGAGUGUGGCCUCCUGCCAUAGUUUUUCAAUGCCGGGCAAGAUGGCGGCCACACGGACGAGGUGUUAUUGCCAGUGGUCAUAAAGAGGGCAUUUUUAUUGACAAAUCCUAACAGAGUCAGACGUCACCUUGCGCUCGUUACACGCCUCGGCGCCUUUCCGGGGGGCGUUUUUCUUUCUUUCUUCACAACACGCUUUGAGCCACCUCAACAUGUUCACGUUGUAGCUCGCGGAGAGCAGUCUACUCGCUAGCCUCGCUCGCUCGCCCGCAACCCCAAGCCGCCGUCAAGUGGAGAAUGGGAGAAAAGCUGGAGCUCAGGCUCAAAUCGCCGGUUGGAGCAGAAGCCGCUGGCUACCCUUGGCCGUUACCGGUUUACGAUAAACACCACGAUGCUGCCCAUGAAAUCAUCGAAACCAUCCGGUGGGUGUGCGAAGAGAUUCCAGACCUCAAGUUGGCAAUGGAAAACUAUGUCCUCAUCGACUACGACACCAAGAGUUAUGAGAGUAUGCAGAGACUGUGUGACAAAUACAACAGGGCCAUUGACAGCAUUCACCAGCUGUGGAAAGGGACCACCCAGCCCAUGAAGUUGAACAAGCGCCCUUCCAAUGGGCUUCUGCGACACAUCCUCCAGCAAGUGUACAACCACUCGGUUACUGACCCAGAGAAGCUGAACAACUACGAGCCCUUCUCACCAGAGGUGUACGGCGAGACCUCCUUCGACUUGGUGGCGCAGAUCAUCGAUGAAAUGGAAAUGAUGGAUGAAGACACCUUCGUGGACCUCGGCAGUGGUGUGGGUCAGGUAGUGCUGCAGGUUGCAGCAGCAACCAACUGCAAACACUACUAUGGCGUCGAGAAAGCAGACAUUCCUGCAACCUAUGCAGAGACCAUGGACAAAGAGUUUAAAAAGUGGAUGAAAUGGUAUGGAAAGAAACACGGGGAGUACACUCUGGAGAGAGGAGAUUUUCUGUCUGAAGAAUGGAAAGAAAGAAUCGCCAACACAAGUAUUAUUUUUGUGAAUAAUUUUGCCUUUGGGCCAGAGGUAGAUCACCAGCUGAAGGAACGCUUUGCUAACAUGAAGGAAGGUGGAAAAAUUGUAUCCUCCAAACCCUUUGCACCUUUGAAUUUUCGCAUAAACAGCCGGAACUUGAGUGAUAUAGGCACAAUAAUGCGUGUGGUAGAGCUCUCGCCACUGAGGGGCUCCGUGUCCUGGACUGGAAAGCCAGUCUCCUACUACCUGCACACCAUAGACCGCACCAUACUUGAAAACUACUUUGCGAGUCUCAAAAAUCCUAAACUCAGGGAAGAGCAAGAAGCAGCUCGGCGACGUCAGCAGAAAGAUACUAAGGACAGCAAAAGCAAUAGUACCACGCCCACCAAACCUAAGGAACAAAACAAGCAGGACUCCUGUGGGGAGGAGGAGUGCCCCCCUUUGGUGACUGUGGUCAAGCCCCCCGCCAAACCCCGUCAAACUAAACUCUUGGCCAAAGGUCGGAAGCUGAACAACAAGAAGCGGGGCCGACCCAAGAAGGCGGCGCCGGCUGUCGACAAGAAGAACAACCAGAGUGCGUUGGAUUUGCUGCACGCCAAGACCCUUUCUGCAGCGCCCCCUCAGGAUGCAUACCUGCAACCACGGAGUCCCUUUUACCAACUACCUCCUAAGGUUCAGCACUAUCCAGCCAAUCAAAUGCUGCUGAGUCCAACCCCUCCUGGUCUGCAACAACUGCUAGAUAACAUCAAAGUUCAAUACCUCCAGUUUAUGGCCUACAUGAAGACUCCUCAGUAUCAGUCCAAUUUGCAGCAGAUUUUAGAGCAGGAGAAGCAAAAACACAGGGAUUUAUCCAUGCAGGCUGAGCACCUCCAUUCCAUCUGUCAGUCUCACAAGGACAAAAUCAAAGGUCUCUUUCAGACCAAACUGGAUGAGCUGGGAGUGAAAGCUCUCACUGUGGAGGACCUGCUGCAGGCACAAAAGGAGAUUUCAGCCCAUAACCAUCAGCUUAAAGAGCAGACCAAACAGCUUGAGAGAGACAUGGCUGCACUGAGAAAUCACAGUGUGAUGUUGCUGAAGUCUCGAUGUGAGGAGCUGAAGUUAGAUUGGGGCUCUUUGAGUCUGGAGAGUCUAUUGAAGGAGAAGCUGGCCUUGCGGAGAGAGAUCUCUGAGAAGCAAAGACACUGCUUGGAGUUGCAGAUUAGCAUUGUGGAACUGGAGAAAAGUCAAAGGCAGCAGGAGCUGCUUCAGCUCAAAUCUUACAGCCCUCAUGAGGGUUCCCCUUACCGAAAGAACCUGGAAUCCCGUUCGUCUGGUGACAUGGACCUGUCCAAGUUUGGCCUGCCUUCAGUCCCAGCUCUCAAUGGCGUAAGCCCGGAUCGCUCCAUCAACGGCACCCACUCUCCCUCUUUCGACCGUGUAAACACAAAGACGGAGCUUCUUUCACGCUAUCUGCCGAUCUCUCCUGACCACGACAUUGGGGCGGCUAUGCCCGAGGCUCGACAGAGGCAGCACAUCUCUCACGCUCUUCCCGACUACACGCGCUUCUCCCCUGCCAAAAUUGCAUUGCGUAGGCACCUCAACCAGGAACCCACUGCUGCUAACCACUUGAGAGGCCCUGGGCUGCCCACACACAGAGGGGAAAUAGUUGGGCUUCACUCACCUCUCGGAGCCAAGCAGAGCAGCCCAUCUCCUAAUGCAUUAGAUGCCCAGAAUACUCAGAAGAGCACUGAGAGGGGUGGGAAGGAGAAGAGUCCAUCUACUCAGGUAGAUAGCAGUAUCACAAGCCUUCCAAUAAGUAUUCCACUGAGCACUGUUCACCCAAGCAAACUUCCAGUCAGCAUUCCACUGGCCAGUGUGGUGUUGCCCAGUCGGGCUGAGAGACUGAGAAGUACUCCCAGUCCAGUGUCUCAGGCCAGUCAAAUUAAUGGAUAUUCAUCUAGCUCAGGACUCAUGAAUGGAGGUCCCCAUCCAGAGGAACAAAAUGGUGCUUCUUCAUCACCUCCACACACAAACACACUUCUGGCGGGACCCAUGAGCAGAGGAGGUCCAAUCCAGAGCCCCCCACUCAGCACCGGAGGGGUUCUUCAUUAUGCAGACGGACCCCCAAGGAUUCUUCCAGAGGACAGCCAGGAGCGUCAGGAGACAGAGUCAGACACGGAGCCCCAGGACAAUGAAUUGCGAAGGAGAAUUUUUUUCUCUUCCUCAUCAGCAGGCAGCGUUGUCACAGGAUCACGCCUUCACCAUCAUGCCAGCAGCUCAAGCAAGCAAGGAUAUCUCAGUAACCAUGGAAACCACAACCACCAGUCGCCCAGCACACACAGCCAGCAUGGUCACACGCCCCCCAUGCACACGUCAUCGUCACAGUCCACACACGUCCUCGCUCCUCAAGAAGGACGUAAGCGCGGUAGGCGGAAGCGUGGCUCCACAGGAGCCGUCAUAGCCAGCGGCUCCCCAAAGAAGAGGUCAUUCCCCGGGAUCAGUGCUAACAACCACUCCUCCGGGUCCCCACUGAACAUUAAUUCCAUGGUGAACAACAUCAACCAACCUUUGGAGAUCGCCGCCAUCUCCUCGCCGGAGCAAUCGAGCCGCAGCCCCGCCGCAACAGCCCUCGACCAACCACCGGUUCUGAAGAGAGAGCGCCCUUUGGAAGUUAACGGUACCGGUCGUUACUCCUCUGCCCCCAGCACUGAUGAUGAGGACUCGGGAUACCCAGCUGACAGCACCAGUUCAAGGAUUGAAAGAAAAAUCGCUACAAUAUCCUUGGAGAGCAGAGAAGGACCCGGUAGACUUGGAGAUAGUGAAAGAGGCCGGAAGUCAAGUAGCAGCAGUGGCAACAGCACAGGAAGUGAGGCAUCCUCAUCCUCAUCGAUGUCCUCUACAAGCAAAUGGAAGUCAACCUUUUCACCCAUUUCUGACCUCAAGCAACCCAACUCUGACCCAAGACAAGGGGGCUCGCCGUUUGGAAUAGGAGGGUCAAACUUGGACACUGAUUACAAAAACCACCAACAGCCCAGGAAGGGGAGCGAUGGGGAGACAUCCAGCUACAUGAAUCCCAACCCCUUCCUGAGCCAAGAGGCUGGCAACCGCACCGCUGGGAGUGGAGGAGGCCAGGCUGGCAGCAGUUCUGACUCCCGCCAGGUUCUCCAGAAGCAGAAGGCUCCCCGUGAUUGGGAGCUGAAGACAAGCAGCAGCCAUUCCAGUCAGAAUCUCUUCAUAACUGCUGCUGCCAGCAGCGGUGCGGGCAUUCUCAGCGGCAAAGUCGGCGGCAGCCCUGUCACAGUUUCAACAGGAUCUUCAGUGGGUCAGUACCUGGGCUCUCAGUUCCCACUCGGAGGGACUUCGGUCUUACAGUCGUUGUUCGGGGCCCAGACAGGAAGCUCCGGCGCGAGCGCGAACGCACGACUGGUCAACGGACACUCUGGCCUGGGCAGCUUCUCUAGCGCUGGGCUUGCAGGUGGAGCAGCAGGAGGUACCUUUCUCCACAGUGUUACCUCAGUAUCCUCCCAUCAGUUUGGGAUUUCGCUGCCCACCUCCGGAGGCAUCAGCUCUCUGCUCAGUCUCUCCUCCCAACCCGCUUCCAUGCGACUAGCCUCCGCGCCCUCCCCUCUACCUCCCUCCCUAUCCCAGGCCCACGGUCGCACACAGUCAGUGUUACACAGCCCCUCCCCACCCAUGCUUUCUCUUCCUCCUCCGCCGCCCCUGCACAGCAUCGCCUCAUCCUCCACCUCGACCCCCACGCCUGCCGACACCUCUCAAACGCCCCACUUUUCCCGUCUCUCCCAGUCCUCCCUCCAUCACCAAAGGAUGCCUUUGUCCCAUGCCCUCGCUAUCUCCUCCUCUUCCUCUCUCGUUCUCGCUCACACCUCCUCCUCCUCCAUGUGUCGUCCAUGCGCUGUGCACUACUCUCCACGCUUGCCCCCGCCACCUCCCGCCAGCAGCUCAGGUGUUGGCGGGAGCAUACGUAGGAUUCAGGGCAUGCAUAGCACAUACACCACCACUACCGCCACCCCACUCCCCGGCUCCCGACCAAGAUAGGUUUUGGGGGUGAGGGAAACGGGGAGGGUGGUGUAAUGGGCAAACAAAGAGAGAGAGAGUGAGAGAGAGGGAGAUGCUUGUUGGGAGUUGAUUUUUCUAUAUAAACAAGGUAAUUGCUGAAAACUACCUCAACAUCAGAUAAACUAUGCAAACGUCAAGGUGUAGACCCAAGGCACUCUGCACCUCCCUGACUGGUGCUUUCACACGUCUGUACUACCAGACCGCCUCCAAGACCGGCUUCUGUACUGGGGCGCACACUCACACAUACACACACAUACAGGCGCGCACACAGACAUUCAGUGCAGUGAUCACCGUGAGCAGAAUUCAAAGGAACCCCGUUUAGAUGUCAAUUGCUUCGUACGUCUUUCUGAGACAUUAAGAAAUGGAUUUUCAUCUCCAUGACUUAUUGGAACAAGCACACGACUUCCUGUUUCGGAGGAGCCACUUCCCGUUUGACCCGUUCAUUUAUUCUGCUCAGAUGUCAAACGUUUUUUUUUUUAUUUCUUUUUUUUUUUUUUUUUCUUUCGUCUGACGUACGAAACGGGAUGAGGAAAAUCAUGUUUUGAUGAAGUUCACACUGGAUAAGAACAUAUAGUUGCGUUUGUAGCAUUAUGGUUUUGUAUAAUUAGGACCCACCCAUCUUUUCAUAAAAAAGUAACCAAGAGGUUGUUUUUUUUUUUUUUUUUUUUAGCAGGGAAACUAAUCGGUUUGCUUUAUACUCAUGGAGCUCGUUUCCUAACUGGAUCAAAGGUUUUCGCUCACGGGACUAACAUAUCAGUGGAGGCGUAACUGUCAUGCAUCCAAAUUGUUUACUCCCAUUUUUUUUUUUUCCAGCCUUGUUUAGAAACGUGAAAAGGUGUGAUCAUGAUUUACUAUUCUACUAUGAAAUGGUGCUCUGUGUUCGUUUGCUCUGGCACUGCUGUUAAGUGAAGAUUAAUCCAGGUAGAUAAUAUCAAUAAUAAUUACGACAGGAAACAAAAAACGAGGCACUGCGCGUUUCUAUAUUUAUUAUUCAUGUUUUUUCCAAGUGGCACUACUUUGAGCCCCCUCAAAGCAGGAUGUUUUUUAACCUAUUCUUAAGCUAAACUUUUUUAUAUUUAUUUGAGCUGCUGGGCACCGUGGGUGUAAGCCGAGGUUUUACAACUCUAAAAUGCGUUUAACGUACGCGCACACACACACACACACACAAACACACACACACUGGGAAAAUCCUUUUUACCAUUCAUCACAACAAACUACUGGACUGCAUCAAACAUUUAUUUUUGUGUUGUCGUUUUUGUCUUUGUACUGUGAAUAUGAUUCAUUCUCGACUGUACAGUUGUUAGAUUUAUAUAUUUAUGUCCUCCUAUUUGCCUUUUUUUUUUUAAUCCUAAAAUGUUGUACAAUGCAAUAUAUGUGACUCGCUGUCAAAAAACAAUGGUGCUAAAUUUGGACCGUGCCUGAUUUUAUUUAUUCUUGUAGUGAACACAUGCUGUACACAAGGACAUUUUUUUGUGUUCAUGCCCCCACCCCUUUGGCCUUUAAUUUCUAAUAUUUAAUAUUGUAUUGGGCUGUACAACACUUUUGGAUCAAAUUUCAGUGGAAGAAAAGGUUUUGUAUAAAAACGCCAAUGCAAAGCUAUAUUUAAUAUGUAAUUAUGUAUGUCUAAAUAUAUAUGAGAGGAAAAAAAAAUCUAUCGGUGCUGCAUUGUGACUCCCACAUUCAGUCUUCAGCUACCACAUGACCUUAAAACGUGGCGGCGUGCACACAGCUACGGUGUGCCGAGGUGCUGUAGCGGAGAGAACACGGCGUGGAUGUUUUUCCUGUCGUUUUUUUUUUAUCUUUUCAUUUUCUCAAGUCUCUGCAGGAAACAAAAAACCCGACAAAAGGUGCUUCUGUUUUACACGUGGAAUUAAACAGUGGUGCAAACAAGUGAUGUUUUACGACCGAGGCCCGUUUGUUUGUUUUUUUUGGAGGAAUUUGUGGGUAUUGCAAGAGCCGCACUGAUGUAAAACACGUUUUGUGUAUGUGCAUGUGACUCCUGUUUGAUCACAAUUGCUUAUUGUAGGGGUGGAGAACCUUUGGUCCGUGGGCUGCAUGUGGCCCGUAGAGAAAUUCGAAGACCCAACACUAAUUUCAGAGGAACUCAACAGAAAAGCCUAAAAAUAUGACACACAAGGACACGUGCAGUCUUCUCCCAAAGUGUUAAAAGCGACAAGGUAAAUUCCUUUGUUUUUGUUGUAUACUGAAGACAUUUGGAUUUCAAAUCAAAAAGAUGAAUAUGGGACAAAUGUUCAGAAUUCCAGCUUUUAUGUCAGGGUGCUUGCAUCUAGAUAUUAAACUAUUCAGGACAGAGCACCUUUUUGUUUGAAGCCACACACUUUUUAAGUGAGCAAAAAUAUUGGAACAGGUGUUUAAAUGCAAAUGAAUCACUUAAUAUUUGGGAGACUCCCCAAGACAGGUUGUGUCAGGAAGGGCAUCUGUCGUUAAAACUGUCCCGAAUAAAUAUGAGCGUUCAUCUGAGAUGUUACAGGACAAGCCGAAAGAAACUUACUUUACUUAAUAUUUGGUAGCAUAACCCAUAUUUCCAAUAACUGCAUCAAGCCUGCAACUCCUUGACUUUACCAGACUUGCAUUUUUCAUGUGAAAAGUUUUUCCGGGCGUUUGCUGCAGCCUCUUUCAUUUUUUUUGUUUUUGGGAUUUUUUUCCUUUCAGUCACUUCAGGAGGUAAAAUGCAUGCUCUGUUUCAGGGAUGUCAAACUAAUUUUUCUCGCGGGUCACAUUGUUGUUCCAGUUUCCCUCAGAGGGCCGUUAUGACUGAAACAAAAAUAUUAAGUCAUCUCAUCAUAUUUACAUCAUCAAUUUAUGAACUAGUUUUGGAAUCAGAAAUCAAUGGUAAUGUUUAUCAAGUAUUCAUGUUUAGUAACACAAAAAUGCUUGUAAUAUCUCAACUUUAUCAUUUAUGAGAUAUGACAAUUUGAAAUUUUCAUCCAGAUUUUCACAAGAAUCAUGGAAAUUGACACUUAAGAUUUGGCUUCGCGGGCCACAUAAAAUCAUGUGGCAGGCCAGAUCUGGCCCCCGGUCCUUUAGUUUGACACCUGUGCUCUAUUUGGUUAAGGUCUGGUGAAUGACUUGGUCAGGGUAAAACCUCACAGUCGUCCCCGCCCAUUAAAUCCUUGAUCGUGUUUGGCCUUAUGUUUUGAGUCACUGUUGCAUCAUGAUGCUUCUCUUGUUAGUUUACAUGGAUACGAAAUGCUUUUGUAGACUUAAUAAUUCAUUCAGCUGUUACCAUCAUGAGUUACAUCAUCAAUAAAGACAAGUGAACCCGUUCCAGAAGCUCCUAUGCAAGCCCAAAACAUGACCUUACGUCCACCGUGCUUCACGGAUGAGCUUGUUUUUUUCUCCAUACUUUGGCCUUUCCAUCACUUUGGUGUUUCUUUUUUCCAACGACUGCUAUUGAUACCUUUGGCCUUCCUCUUCCAAUGGCUUUUGCUCAGUACACUAGUAGUUGUUCUUUUUCGGGACAUUCCAAAUUGGAUUGGCUAUGGCCACUGUUUGAUCGGCGUUCCCUCUUCUAUCAGCUUCAAAAAUGGUUUGCUUUUCUCCCACAGACAGGUCUCUGGUCUUCAUGUUUAAAAGCAAAUGCGGUUUUCACAGGUGAGAACCAAGAACAUGCAUGCAAACAUCUGUUUAAGUAAGUAAGUUUCUUUCGACUUGUCCCGUUUGGGGGCGCCACAGUGUGACAUCUCAGAUGAACGCUCAUAUUUUUUUGGCAUAGUUUUUACACCGGAUGGCCUUCCUGACGCAACCCCUCUCGGGGAGUGGAGGCCCCAGUGAGAUACGAACUCGCGACCCCUGGUUUACCAAACCAAUGCCCAUCAGUCACAUGUUCCAAUACUUUUGGUCGUUGGGAAAGUGGGGUGGCUUCAAACAAAAAGUGCUCCAGCCUGUGUUGUUUAACACGUAUAAAUGUGUAAAUACCACAAAAUAUAAAAGCUGGAAUUCUUUUGUGUCAUUCAUCUUUUGUUCUAUAAACAACAAAAACUUCCAUGACUCUUGGAGGAGACUGUAAUACAUUACUCAGAAAAAUGGCGGGAUGUUGGUCUUUCGGUUGAAAUUUGAAGAUAUUAGCCAGAGCUGCUGCAGUGGUACCAUGACACAUUCGUAAAGUGUCAGUCGUGUGAACGUUUUGAAGUUUUAUGUUUUGAAGUGUACAUGUAGAAUGAACUAAAAAUCAAAAAGAGGUGAUGAACUUAACUUGUCGAGCAGAAAUCUUGAUUUCGUGUACUUUCUGAAUCCUUGUGGCCCCCUCCAUCUUUUGGAUGCGACCCUUGUUUUGUCAUGGUAUCGGUCCAGCUUUACGCCAUACUUGCAGAAAAGCUCCUCAAGUCCAACUUAACAGGUGCACGAGGCCGCAGCAGUGUUCCCAUGAGUGCACAAGAAAAAAAAUUGACACCUUGACAGUCAGUUCCUUUAUUUUUAUUUUAGCAGAUGUUUUUUCUCAUAUACUACAGUCUGGUUAUCAUUACAGUUUUGACAAAAGUCCAAAAAAUGAAAGUCCUCUUUAUUUUAAACCUUCCCUAAACGUGUACAACUGUUCAAAGUUUCACCCGAACUUUCUGUUCCUUAACAAGGAGCUGGACGGCAGAAUUCAUGCCAGGUGUUUUGAUCGGUGGAAAUAUUUAUGGGACAUUUACGACUUUGCCUUUCCUGCUGAUGACACUCCGCGAUGUCCUAAACUCAGUGGCUCCUUGCUGUUUACAGCCUCACAAUGUCGAGGUACCCGCCGAUCCAUUCCGAAAUGUCUCGGUCGCACGAUGUCAAAAUGUGAACAGCGUUCAGAAGAGGACUGUUUAAAAACCGGAUUAGCAAAGGAAAGUAUCAAUUUGGCCUUUCAGCUCUUUGUUUGAGAACACUUAAGUUUCACGAAAAGUACUCUGAUUAUUGAACAGUUGGGCAUAUCCUUUCAAAUGUGUAUUUUCAAGGUUACAGCACGACUUUACGUUCAAUCUGAAACUUCACCCAAAAGCGCAAUAUCCUGAACAUUGUCUUGUGUAUCUAAUAUCUGACCGGACGUUCCCCACCCACUGUAGUCUGUAGCCAGCACUGAGUUGGUUUUUUUUUUGUUUUUGUUUUUGAAUCAUUGGUGUUAUUUCUGUCAUGUCUCCACACGAUUUAAUUUUGUCUUACAGGUUUUUUGUCCUAUUUUUAGAAUUGCUAUUCAAACAAGGCAGCUCGCGGGACCUUUGCAGCUAUUCAUUGAAAAAUGCGACUCUUAUGCUGCUGUUUUCUCUCUCUGGUCAACUUUCUAUGGAGGACUCGUUGCGCAGCUUUUCGGGAUGUGCAAGUGAGAACCGACUUUUUAAUCACAGCUCGCAGACACUUUUGUAGCUCAAUGUAAUAAGGAAAGGGAUGCAGAGGUUUUUUUUUAAUACAAACUACAAUAUUGUCACUUCACUGGUACAAAGGCUUGUCAAAAUACCCAGAAAGGUACACAGGAUUACGAGUACGGGACAGUAAGAUUUCCCUGGGAGAACAUGAAAUGACUAUUAUUGUUGCCAUGGUGAUUGUAUCCGUACCAUUUGCCCUGAAGAGCAGUGGAAGGAUUUCAGAAUUUUCUCAGUAACGCAUUCAUUACCAGCUGUUUUUUCCAUAUUGCCAGCUGUUGCGGAUCAUUUUGAUUGAUCUUUCAAGACCCACAGAAUAUUGAGUUCUGGCCCAGACAAUAUAAGAACCGAAAGAAAGAGCGGACUUUCAUCAGAAAGUUUUUAUUUUUUUUUUUUUCUCUACUCAAAAAAUAAUCUCGAGUCAAAAGGGGAUGCAAUGCUGCCAUCUAGCAUCAUUAAAAGUUUUUAAUGCCACAAUUUCACACAAGGGAGUAAAGUAAAGUUUUCACAGUUCUGAGGUCCCUGGUUCAAUCCCGGAUCUGCCUGUGUGGAGUUUGCAUGUUGUUCUCCCCGUGCCUGCGUGGGUUUUCUCCGGGGACUCCGGUUUCCUGCCACAUUCCAAAAACUUGCAACAUUAAUUAGACACUCUAAAUUGCCCCUAGGUGUGAUUGUGAGUGCGACUGUUGUCUCUCUCUAUAUGCCCUUCGAUUGGCUGGCAACCAGUUCAAGGUGUACCCCGCCUCCUGCCCGUUGACAGCUGGGAUAGGCUCCGGCACUCCCCGCUACCCUUGUGAGGAAAAGCGGCAAAGAAGAUGGAUGAAUGGAUGGAUGGAUGGAAUUUCACACAAAACCAACCAACACAAGUCCAACUCUUCCAUGCCUCCCUAUUGAAAAAUGUACUUGGAAAAUAUAUUCGUGGCAAUAAAUUGGUUGAUUGGACUUGACUAAAUUAAAGUCCACAGCUGUAUUUUUUUUUU